UUUAUUUUACAGUUCAAGUAUUCAUAAAUUAUUACGAUCAUUUCUUUGUAGAUGGAACAUAAUUCUAUUCAUAAAACCAUAGUGGGAGUUGCUGCUUCAGCAUUGGUUUUUGGGGCUCUUUGGAUUCACAGAAUAAAAUCUAGAAAGCAAAUAAGUCGUCAAUGUCAGGUGAAUCGAGAUGAUGAAAGAGAAAAUUACAUCAAUAGUAUUUUAUAUACAGGUGAUCAGAAUUGUAUCGACAUAAUACGAAUGCAACCACUUUCGUUCUUUAAUUUGUGUGACAUCCUUACUAGGAACAAUUUUUUACAGUCGACAAGAUCGAUGAAUGUUAAGGAGCAAGUUAUCAUAUUUUUACAUAUAAUUGGUCAUAAUGUAAGAUUUCGAGUGAUUGGAUCAAGAUAUUAUAGAUCAAUUGAGACAAUUCACCGUUACUUUAGGAUUGUGUUGAGGGCUAUUAUGAAGUUAUAUAAAUUAGCUAUUAGGUUACCCGAUGAGUCAACUCCUCCUGAAAUAAUAAACAAUUCAAGGUUUUACCCAUACUUUAAAGAUUGUGUGGGAGCAUUAGAUGGAACUCAUAUUCGUGCAUCUGUUCCACCUAACAUUCAAGGAAGGUUUCGUAGUCGUAAAGGGGGAACGACACAGAAUGUAUUAGCUGCCAUUAAGUUUGACCUGAAAUUUUUGUAUGUUCUAGCUGGUUGGGAAGGCAGUGCACAUGAUUCUCGUAUUUUAACUGAUGCACUUACACGCCCAAGAGGAUUUAGUAUUCCAGAAGGUAAAUAUUAUCUUGCUGAUGCUGGAUAUGGCAUCCGAAAUGGAAUUAUCUCUCCAUAUCGUGGUGUUCGAUAUCAUUUAAAAGAGUUCAGUAAUCAUCGUCCAGAAAAUGCGAAGGAACUUUUUAAUCUUCGUCAUUCAUCAUUGCGAACAACUGUUGAGCGAGUGUUUGGAAUUUUAAAGAAACGUUUUCGUGUGUUAGAUGCUGAACCAUUUUGGGAUUUUCAAACACAGAUAGACAUAGUCUUGGCUUGUACUAUCAUUCAUAACCAUAUAAUGGGAGUUGAUCCUAAUGAUAUAAUUAAUGAAGGAAUGUAUGAGGAACCUGAGCCUUAUUCGAUAACAUCAAUGCUUACACAACGAGAAGAGAGAGAAGAAGCUAGAGAAUGGGCUAGUAAAAGAGAUGAAAUUGCAGAAGCUAUGUGGAUUGAUUAUAUAAAUAUAAAUAUGUAA